AAAUGUCCUGGCUAUACUCCGGGAGGAUGGAUCCAUUCAUACGACAAGAUCUGCUACCGUGCAGCGUAAUACUAACGUCCUCUGGCAUUCCGUGAGCGCACUUUAUGGAUCUAUAGCCGAAUAAAGGAGAGCGCUCAGAGGAUUUAACGCAACACGAGAGGACUUCUUCACAGAUUGAACUGGGACGCUUUCCUCCUUGACGCGAGGAACUUGAUUAAGCUUCUUCAUGCAACUUUUUUGGAAAGAGACCAAGAGCACCUCACCGGGGAAUAGUAAAAACAUCAGCAACGGUGACAUCGCGCUCUCUCUGGUUACUGCAGGUGUCGCGUUCUCUCUCGGUCCCUCCGGGGAGAUGUACCAAGGGUUCCCCGGCGAUCCAGACAGCGGUUCCCGUGGAAGCUCCUCUCCAUCUAUAGAGUCUCAGUACCUUUCCUCCGUGGACUCCUUCGGAAGCCCGCCGACCACCAGUGCUCCGCAGGAGUGUGUGUCAGCGGGAGCUGGCUUGAGAAUUGUGGGCAGUGGGCCAGGGGCCAGUGUCGGAGCAGAGAUGCCCGGUUCAUUCGUGCCCACCGUCACCGCCAUCACCACCAGUCAGGAUCUGCAGUGGAUGGUACAGCCGACCCUCGUCUCCUCCCAGGCCUCUGGGCAGAGUGGGUCCACUGGGACCACAACCAUGACCCAGUCAAUGUCAUUGGUUGACCCAUAUGACAUGCCAGGCCCCAGUUAUUCCUCAGGGUCUGCAUUCACCUCAGCAAGUUUGGACAAUCCGGGCUCGGCUCCGGGCCCGUCUCCGGGCCCGGUCCGCCUGUCCAGAACCCGCAGCCGGCGUACACGAGACGAGUCUGUGAGUGACGAUGGAGAUGUUGGUGUAUUCCUAACACCAGAAGAGGAGGAUAAGAGGCGUGUUCGGAGAGAAAGAAACAAGUUGGCUGCCGCCAAAUGUAGAAACCGACGACGAGAACUCACAGACAGACUGCAAUCGGAAACGGACAUACUGGAGGAGGAGAAGGCAGAGCUUGAGGCUGAGAUCUCUGAGUUGCAGAAGGAGAAGGAGCGUCUGGAGUUUGUCCUGGUGGCCCACCAGCCAAGCUGUAAGAUCCCAUACCAGGACCAGUCUCAGCACAGCUCAGCGCAGCUCCCGCCCCAGACCUUACAACCUACUGUCUCCAUUGUGGGCUUGGCUGUGAAGGAAGACUCUUUCUAUCUGCCUCCUGCUUACACAGCCUAUCCGGCCUCCACACAGUCCCAGCCUCCAGUUCAGCAGCAAGUCCAGCAGCAGCCUCAGCAAGAGAUAAUGCAGGAGGUAGAGUUUUCUAGUUCUUUCUAUGGCUCAAGUGAGCCGGCACCAGGCGGGCCGUGCCACAUGGCCAGCGACGGUGGUGGUGUUAACCAUGACGAUGGGGCCAUUGGCAGCUACAACACCUCAUACACAUCUUCAUUUGUGUUCACCUACCCAGAGGGAGCCUGCGGGGUCAGUGCCAACCAGCGGAACAGCAGUAGCGAGCAGUCUUCUGAUUCCCUGAACUCGCCUUCGCUGCUGGCACUCUGACUGACAGACAGACACAUGCACACACAUAUCAACAAGCACAUACAUUACGCUGGUUGGUAGUAGAGGCUGAGGCAAGUACAUGCAGAGUACCGAUCAGUCUCACAGAUUGGGAGAAAAGAACCAAUCGUUUGUUUCUGAUUGGGUUAAAGUUUACACAUUCAUGCAUUCCAAUCAAAAGCCAUACCAAUAGUUACAUUUGAUCUAACCGUUGACAACGAUACAGAACUCAGUUCUUGUUUUGUAUUAUCAGAAUACCUGCAGCUGGACAAGAUAAGUGAAUACAAACUUAGUGACAAUAUUCUCAAUCUUCAACCUAACAGUAUAUUGAGUAAGAUACCACAAGUCAACUUUAUACUCCAACAAGCACCAGUGCCCCGACCUUGUUCCCUCUGUCGGUUGAAUUUCCCAGUGCUCUUGUUCUCAUCCUUUUCCAUCCUUUACUCGCUUCUUCCUCUCGCUGAAUGUUUGUGCAAAUCAGAAAUCGAAGGACACAUUGUUUGGGUCUUUUCUUGUGGGAGACAGACUGCUGAUUUCUCACUCGCCACUAACCUUUUAUCUGCUCGACUUCCCUUUGCUUCUUCAUUUUGCUGCUGGGACUUGGCAAGUUGGGGAUCUGAGUGUCGCAGUCUCCCCUAAAUCUUCUGCUUUCCUCUCUCUCUUUUGUUUCUUAUUCUUCUGUCGUCUGACUACGUGCCAUGCGACCCAUCUCUGUCCAUCUGUUACCUCCUUUUCUGUCUCUGUGUUUCUCCCUCUCUGAAGUCUUCGACCGCUGAGAGCCCGAAGACCCCCUCCAGCCCUUGGGACCUUGAAUGAAUGACGGCCCAACUAACACGCCCUUUUACACCCUCUCAUACAAGGACAUGGACACACAAUCCCCAUGAGGAAGACCCUUUUCUUGGAGCGCAUUGCUCAAAAUCGAUUCUUAGUGAACAGCAGCUAAAUAGCUUGACUUACGCACAUAUGCAUAAUUGAUGAAUACAAAAUGCUAGACAUAUGCCACUGUCUUCUGCUGAGCCAUUUUUUGAUGUUCACACAAUAUAAAUUAGACACAUCUUGUGUUGUGGGGCCGGUUAAAAGUGAGGCUGGAAGAUGUUUAGAAGGAAGGAAAGCAAACCAAGCUGGACAGACUCAAAUGGAAAGAUGAUAGAUGAAUCCCAUCCUAACCAUCCAUUUUCGGAACCAAAUGUUGAAAAUGCAGAAAGAGCCAAAUGUUAAAGACAAAGAAGAAAAGAGAAAAGAAACCCUGCUCUUUCCAACUGGGUGCCUCGUCACCCUGGGCAUACAUACGUACCUUCGAUUUCAAGUCUCUGAACUGAAGAUAGAAGUUUUGUUGCAGCACACCAGCUCUGUGUUUUGCUCAGAAUCAAUGGGAUGUGAACCGAUGCCUUUAUUCAGAAGAGAGACCUUUUGUAGUGAUUAAGACAACCUCUAAACAUUUGGGCUCAGUGGUCUCUGUACCUCCCCUGUUCUCUCAGUGGAGACAAGGUGGGGGUGCGUUUAUUGUGAGUGCGUCCACUCUGAGGCCCCUGGCCCAUUUAUUUCUUUCUUUAUUGAGGUUGAUGUGGUGGUUGAGCGCAAAGCAAGACCUGGAAACAAAAGGGGAGAACAUGUGGGCUGAUGUCGUGGAGUGAGCGUCCUUUCUUUGCCUGUGAAUUUGUACAAUUUGUUUUCUCUAUGAGUGAGAAUUGUUAUAUAUUUUAAUGUUUAUGUUUGUGUGUUUGAUUGUCUUGCAUUGACCUCUGCUUUCACUUGUACUGUUGCCUUUUCUUUUUUUUUUUAUCUGGUGAUUUUCUCAUUACUGUUACUAUUAUUAUUGUAUGGUAACUAUUUGUUUCAUUAUUUUGUUGUAAUUUCAUUUGGCAACUUUGGAGGCAUGUUGUGUACUACAAAACAAUCUAAUUAUAAAUCUAUAUGCACAUACAUAUAUAUACAGGUAACAUGUAUAUAUAAAUGUAUGUACCAUGAUUGUAAAGUAUGAAUGUCUGCAGAUCUAAAUGGAAUAUGUUUGUCAAUGAAGAACAAGAUAAAAUGUUACUGAGGUUUAGUUUUAAAAUACAUAUUUUUCUAAAGGAACGAAAAAAAAAUAUAAUGAAUUUACAGUCCUGCCCUGUCCCAUGAAGCACAAUGUCACUGCCUCUAUCAAUGUAUAUUUAUGUGUUAUAAACAAUAUAAAGCACUAUCCAAGUUACAUGUAUGUUUAUAAUUACAAUGUUAGAAGGUUGUGUUUACGCCUUUGUUUUGUUUGUUUUUUCUCUGUGAGAUCUGUCCCAAAGCUACUGACACCUUAAUGCCACUUGAUCCUUAGCAGAUGCAAAAUGAGGAAAAGAAACUAGUGUGAUUGAAUGUCAAUACGCAAAUUAGAAGUGUUCAGACUACAACAUAAUGACUUAACUGUUUCAUUUAAGUAUGCAUUUCUGUCCAGUAUAAUGAUAUCACUCAAUAACAUUGUUAUUUCCUAACUGAAACAUGUGUUUAAAGGAUAACCGCAGUUUUAGCCUUCAUAUGAACAUUCUAAUGUUAAUCCAUUCUUGUACUCAAACAAAUAAGUUGUCUAAUUGAGAUUAACAUUUCUUGUGAUUGUAUUUGCUGGAUAAGAAGCUUUAUUUUCAAUAAAUAAACAUGUUUAUCAAAAAACAAUGGCUAGCUUAUGGGUCUAAACGUGGCUCUUGGUGGUCAGACAAUGGGAAGAUCUCCUUUUUUAAAUGUUGAAUAAGGACUGUGUUUGUACAGAUGCCGGAGAGGCUUUUGAUUUCUCUCCCAAUGCAAAUGUGAUAAGAAUAUGUUCUGUUGUCAGAAUAAGCAUAACACAUAUUCAAUAGGUGUUGUGGUGCUAAUUAUAGUAUGAUGGCAAGGCAGUUACACAUAUGGUAGAAGGUUACACAUUGCUGUUGGUGAGGUUCCAUAAAAAUGAACGCACCGCUUGUCUCAUCAGGACAUUUAAUUCAGAAUGGUGGCUAAUAACACAAUGAAUUCCCAGCAGCUGAAGUUCUGAGAGCCCAGUAAUCACUGUGUGAUUUCAUUAUGGUUUAAUAUCAAUUGCCUGCUACAUCUUUAAGUGUGAUGAACAGAUCUCAGAGGGCCCUUGUACUGUACUUGCACUCCACACUUAUGCCCCAAACCACCACACAACAUAUAUUAGACUCAGUCUUUCAUCUGAUUGCCUUGCUUUAGGUUUCAUUGAAUUUGCUUUAAAUAUUUUUUUCUUGUAAGGUUACAAUCACAAAUGGGUUGCUGAUAAACUGAAAAAAGAUGACAUAAAAGAAAAAAAGAGGAAUAUUUAGCUGUUUUAAAACAUAGAAACGGUCUGAAUGUUGCUACAGUAUGUAUUUCUAUUUUUCCACAAGUCCCAUUUACACUCAGAUUCCAUAAUUUCCCUGGUAUGAAAUGCAAUACUUAUUAUCCUCUUGGAUAAACAUAAUGUUGCCUCUUUCACCACAAACCAUGUCAUCCAGUGAGAGGGUGAAGAGAAUAUUGGUACUGCAAUAAUGGACUUCAAGAUGUUGACAUCAAAGUCCAGCUUGGUCUGCUAGAUGAAACACUUGAGAAGGGGUAUGAUGAUGAAGGAGUUGUGAGAGAUUGUCUCUCGAAUUCUGCAGUGAAUUCUACAACCAAUGUGCAAUGGGAAAUGUCCUUCAAGUGCCCUUUCUAAUCCCACAAAAGGCUGUUCAAGAGCCUUCCUACAUCAUUGAACAAUGGGCACAAACACUCAGCACCUUCGGGUGCAGCCUUCAGGACCUCACAACUGUAUAUGAAACCCUGCAAUCAAUUGUGAGAAAGGUUGUGAAGUCUCUCCUUCUCAGAGACAAUGAAUGUCCACCAAAAGGACACUCAGAAGUACCUCACCACAUAUUUGAGGAAUGCUGACAUGCAGCAUCUGUGUUUGUUCCUCAGGUUCUGCACAGGGUCAGAUGUAUUCCUGGGGAAAGACAUUAUUAUUGACUUUACUCAGAUUCAAGGCUUUCAGAGAAGACCUGUGGCCCUUCGUGUGGCUGUGUGCAGAAGCUGUCAGUCCAUUAUGACAGCUACUCUGACUUCAGCUCUGAGAUGAACAAGUUGUUGGAGUCUAAUGCGUGGGUAAUGGACAUAAUCUAACCCUAAGUCCAGGGAGUAUGUGUGUGUGUUUAUGGUAUUCACGCACAUUUCAAUGAAAAGUCUUGUUUGCAUGUUUGUUUGUUUCCUUGUAUAAUGUCAGUGACCAAGCAUCCUCAUGUUAAACCAUGCAUAAGCUUGAAAUAGUUCACAAGUAGCUCCAAAGACAAACUGUCCUGUUUAGUAUAGCUCAUUUGUUAAGCAUAUAUUAUAUGGUUCCACCUUUAUGUAGCCAGUCAUGUUCUUUUAUUGACAAUGUUUUGAAAAAUGUAUUUACGGUUACCAUGGUAAAGAUUAAUCUAUAUGUAUCCAGUACCAUGUUGUCAUUUUCUUUUAUUGGCAAUGUUUUGAAAACUGUAUUGUUAGCAUAUGAUGCACACUUUUACAGAUAUAUAUGUAGGCUGGGUUACACCUAUGAUGCUCUUCUUUGUGUUCUUGGCAUUUUCAAUUAAGAAGCAGGAAGCAGCACUGGAUCUCAGGUGUUUAAUUGUAAUCUGGUAAAAAGUCACAAAAUCAUCA